GCCUCAUAUGUCUAGAUGAGCAAACCUGAUUGUAUCAGAGAUGACUAUGCUGACAGACUCAUGCUAGGCAAGGAUGAUCAAAAAGAUGCUUGUGAUCUCUACCCUACCUUUCUUUUGAUCACUACGACCAAUCCUUGCCAGAGCAGAAACUUGAAAGUCAGAUCACCAACGACACCCCUUAUCCCACUCCGUCCCGCUUGCAUGUCUCUGUCAAGAAAUCCACAUCUAAACGAGAAGAAAGUCCAUGACACCACCGCCAUCCCCGGGAUACGAGAUAGAUGGACUUACAUCUUCCAUAUCCUGCUUGUCACUCUCGCGGCAGAAGCCACAAUCUUUCAAGAAAUUUUUGCAACUGCCUACCGAGAUUCGUCUGCAGGUCUUCGAACAUUUGUUGUCCUCGCCCACAGAGAAGAGGUUCCCCCAUCCUCUACUCGCGGUCAGCAAAGGUGUCCGCAACGAAAGCGCGCCGCUGGUCUUCAAAAACGUAACCCUCAACUUUUGGCGUGGCACAACAGGAAAAGACGUUCGAGAAUGUAUCCUUUAUCUCAGCAAUUCGCGUUCGGCGGUAAAGAAUGUGCGAUCGAUACCAUGGAGCGAGCUCCAACGUAUGAGCCUGGCUCAAUAUCUUCCUUGGCUGGGGACUAUCUUCAUGGAGGCCAGAUUCGGGAAUUCGUUCCUGAUAACGUUCUUGAGGAUCGAGUUCGCUGUCGCAACGUCCGAACCUGCUAGAGUUCGCGUCGAAUCGUAUAUUCCAGGCCCUGUCAACAAAGACGGAAUCACGUACACCCCAUUCCGCAGUCGAGUACGGAGUCACAUAGAGUGUUCGGAGAAAGUCAGGGAUAGGAUCGUGGAGAUGGUCGCAGGGUUUCGAAAGAGCCGAAAAGUGAACAUUCGAUGGAUUGAGGAGCUGAUUGAAGGAGAUCAGCUGGAAGCUAUCUGCGAGGCAGUCAGAGAGGAUUAUGCAAGUGGAAGGAAACUCGAUGCUUUCUUACGAGACCGCUAGAUGGCAAGGACAAUACUUAUGGUUAUAAAGAAAAGUUGGAUUUGCUCAGAAGUAUAGGAGAGCGAUUUGUUUGGAUAAAAUGCAGGAAGAAGGUGCCCUGGAGUAAACAUGUGCUACAACGCCAAAGCAGAAGCAAGCGCGAUGAGUCCCAUCCCGCUUUCCUGUUUUGCUGCUAUGGGCGUCAGAAAACAUUCAUGAACAAAGCAGAAG